UUCAGCAAACGCCAAUGUAGAAUGUAGAAUGUAUGCUUCAACCAUAUUGCGCAAACAAAUGAAUAUACCGUUGUUGAUUAACGAGGAGUAUUGCACUUAAUUUACUUACAUUUCCUUUAAAUGAAAAAAAUGCAAUCGCAAACUUGAUUUUAUUUGUACUAGUUUUGAUUAAUUAUACCGCUAAAAGACGCGAGAAGAAGGUAUUCGACGCGUAACUUUUCUUUGGCACACCUCAACCCGUGUGUGACGUUGCAUGUACGCACAGCGUCAUAAUAACAACAACGUCACAAACAAUAUCGGCGUCACUCUGUGUUAUAACAACGGAAUUGUUGGCAUUAUAACCAUGGGCUGCAUCAACACAAAAGUGGCGCCAAUCCCUGAAAACAUCAGGAUUCGCACAAAGAAGGAAAGAAAAAUGCUAAAGAAAGCUUUGAAGAAGCAGGGCAUCACUGCCAAAGUGACCAAAAGCGGGGUUGCUUUUGAGAUCCCAAUCUCCGGCGACUUUCGGAGGACCAAACUACCUCCGAUUGGCAAACCAAUGGAGAAAAAGGAGCAUUUAACACACAGCUCCGCUACUGAUAUGAUUGCGGCAGAAAUCAAACGAGAAAAAGCAGCUUUGCAGUUGGAGAGAGUGAGAUCCGCCAGAUCACGGCGUGAGAACGCAGAGCAGCUAAGAAAAGCUGCCGUGGAACGCAGUACUAGUAUUCAGAGUAAGCAAGAGGAGGCCGCACUGAGGCGAGCGGAUAGAGAGAAAGAUUUAAUGGACAAAUUACAUCGUCGCUCCCUGAAACGACAGACCAACAAGAAGCUGGCCCACCUAUUGGAGCUGUUUGAUAUGCUGCAAUAAUUCUCACUGUUAAGCUUCUAUUUCAAACUGCGAUAUCGUCAAAAUAAA